AAAGGCUGACGUCUAACUCUUCUAUUUGUCCUAGAAUCCCACGCCUUAAACACACACACACAAACACACACACAGAUCACUUGUUCUUCACUUGAAUAGUCAACUGUCCUGCCGUUGACCACCAUCUUCAUAACCGCCGUCUUUUUUAUGUCACUAAUUCCAAAUAUGUUCUGAUAGUGUUUGGUGAGGUGCCUGUUGGUGCAAAGGUAUCACUGGGUCUACAAGAAAGGUGUAUGCCUUCCAAACCAAGGUAAUGCUAUGUGAUUGCACAAUGUCAAGAUCAUGUUUCAGUAGUUUGAUUCUUUGUAUCAUGUCUUCAGGUGCAGGCUAGGAGAAGAAGCUAGUAAUCUGUAAUCUGAACAAAAAUACCUUUUAGGUUUAAUGGUUUUGUAUUGCAAGGUCUAGAUAAAAUCAGAUAUUGUAUGUUGUCACUUCGUGUUAUAUGAAGACGACUAGAUCGUGGCGUGUGGGCAUAAAAGACUUUUUAAUGAUGCCUGGUACUCGACAACGACCACAGUUCAAAGGGCCAAAUUGGGUCAUUAUAUUAUUGUGCUUAGUCAGUAUUUUCUUUAUUGGAGUCUAUAUAUAUGCACCUAGGAACUCUGCGGCAUGUUAUAUCUUUUUGUCCAGUAGCUGUUCUGAGUACGAAAACACUCCAACAGUUCCUUCCAGAGAAUUAACCGAUGAAGAGACUGCAGCCCAGGUGGUUACCAGGGAAAUUUUGAAGUCACCUUCUGUUAUCUCAAGAAAUCCGAAAGUUGCUUUCAUGUUCUUGACUCCUGGUCCAUUGCCUUUUGAAAUGCUCUGGGACAAGUUCUUUCAAGGCCAUGAUGGUAGAUUCACUGUUUAUGUGCAUGCGUCAAGAGAGCAACUGGGCCAUGUUAGUCCGCACUUCAUUGGCCGCAAUAUACGAAGUGAAAAGGUUGAUUGGGGGAAAAUAUCCAUGGUUGAUGCUGAGAAGAGACUAUUGAUGAAUGCACUUCAAGACGAAAACAAUCAACAUUUUGUUUUGCUAUCUGAUAGCUGUGUACCAUUGCAUCACUUUGAUUAUGUGUAUAACUACCUAAUCUUCACGAAUAUCAGCUUCAUCGACAGCUAUGAUGAUCCAGGUCCACAUGGAGCAGGUGGGAGAUAUUCAGAACAUAUGUUGCCUGAAAUUGAAUUUAAGGAUUUUCGUAAAGGCUCACAGUGGUUCACAAUGACUCGGCGACAUGCUUUAUUAAUUAUGGCCGAUAGCCUUUACUACAGGAAAUUUCGGCUUUUCUGCAGACCAGCUUUUGAGGGACGUAAUUGCUAUGCUGAUGAACAUUAUUUCCCCACACUUUUUAAGAUGGUUGAUCCUGGUGGAAUUGCAAACUGGUCUGUAACAUAUGUAGAUUGGUCUGAAAGGAAGUGGCAUCCUAGGUCAUAUAAACCUCAAGAUAUUACUUCGAAGCUUCUUAGAAACAUUACGAGUUUUGAUACUUGCCUGCAUUUCACAAGUGAUGAAAAGAAGACCGUGUUGACAACGCCGUGCAUCUGGAAUGGAAUGAGACGGCCUUGCUUCUUAUUUGCAAGAAAGUUCUUUCCCGAAACAUUGGAUAAUUUGAUGCAACUUUUCUCAAAUUCUACACCAGUCUGAAAAUAAAUUGGACAGUGUUAUUUGUGGAUCAAUUCACAACAGAAUCUGAUCCCCUUUCCCCAUUAAACUCUGUAUACCAACUUGUAAUUCCUAUCUGAAUAUGUGCUUCAGAGUUGACGAUAUGAAGUUUUGAAAAUUUCCAUUUUUGAAUCUA